AUGGCGAUGACAGCGCGCGACAUGCAGGUGAGGCUGAGGGAGAUGCUGAACGGCAUGGUGCUGAAGGUGCAGCUGGAGGAGACGGCAGGAGGCGUGGGGGAGCGCGUGGCAGCGUUGGAGGCGAAGCUGAGGGAGCAGGGCGACGCCAUGGCUGCCAUGCAGCGCGACAUGGCCGACAUGCGCCGCGCCAUGGUCCUCUUCAAGGGCAUGGCGGCGACGGGCGGUUUGGCCGAGAAGAGUGAGGGGGAAGGGGCUGGAAACGGGAACACAUCGGGAGAGGCAGCGGAAGGCAGUGGCACGCUGCCGGUGAAAGGCGCGCGGGAUAACAUUUUCUCUGCGAUUGAGGUGGAGGAGGUGAAGGCACAGGUGGAAGCUGCAAGGGGGGAGGCGCGGGACACGGCGAGUGAGAUGCGCGGGGAGAUGGCCGCGCUGAAGGCGGAGCUUGCGCGGAUGAGGGCUGCGGCGGAGCGGCAGGCGGCGGAGGUGGCGUACGUGAAGGCGACGGCGGCGCACUCGGAGGCGCGCAUCAACGACGUCGAGCUGGCGCUCGCCGCAAUCAAGGCCGGCCGCGUGGAGAAGAGCCGCGCCGAGCGCGAGGCGGGCAGCGGGGAAGGGCAGGCGGCGGAAGAGAGGCGCGAGGGGAAGAGGCGGAAGAGGGAGGAAGGGGCAGGCGAAAAGGGGGGAGUGGCAGAUGUUGCUGCGGGCGCUGGGUGUGCGCUGAUUGCUAACGGUGGUGCGGUUGUAAUAAAGCGGGAAGAGGUGGAAAGGGAUGGCGAAGCGUUGGGGUUGAAGAAUGGUGCAGUGUGCAACACAAAGGCUGAGCUGCAGAACCUGAGGGCGCGAGUGAAAGCGCUGGAGAAAACGAGCGCCUCCAGAAGCAAGACGUGGGAGGUGAGCCAGUUCCUCUCCGUAUUGGAUCUUCCUGCUGUCCGUGGCUGCAGGCAAUGGAGCGAAGCGGUUCCAGACAUGGCUCUCAUGGACCUCAGUGGCGUCUCCCUCCUCACUGACGCUGCUCUUGCAAGAGUCGCCUCCUUCUCCUCUCUAACCACACUCAACCUCAACGACUCCUCCGGCUUCACUGAAGCAGGGCUGAAAGGGCUCUUUUCUCUCACGACUCUCAAAUGUCUGACUUUACAGAAUACAGCCACAACAGACGGGGCUCUUGAAGGCAUUUCCAGCUUGAAGGAUCUUCGCGUGCUUGAUCUCUUCCACACCAAGGUAACGGAUGCGGGAGUAGCCAAGCUACAGGGGAUGUCUGCACUUGUGGAACUGUUUCUAGGUGACUGUACGGCGGUCACCAAUGCCAGCAUGGCGCAUGUGGGGAAGCUGACAGCACUGGAAACUCUCACUCUGAGUGACACGGCAGUAACGGAGGAUGGGCUGCAGCGCUUGAGUACGCUCGCUGCACUGAAGCUCCUCGUCUUGCCUCCAGGGGUGACUGAUUCCGGCAUGAAGCACCUGAGGAAUUUGAAGCGCCUGGAGAAGCUGGGGGUUUGGGAUGCUAAGAUCACUGCUGCUGCCCCCUGUGCCCGGCCUGUGUCCCCCCCAGGGCAGCGCACCCCUGCCCUGACUGACUGCACGACGCAGCCUGCCAUCCGCCCGCUCUGUCCCUCCGUGUGUGGGCGCAUACAGGUCUUCAACGCCACGACCCGCACAGUGCUGAGACACAGA